AUGUCGUUCUAUCUGCGAGUUGCACGAGACUUCUCGAACCCUCUAAAGCACCAACGAUUCCUCGUCCGUGCCUUCUCGAGCACCCUCCGCCGAAAUGAGAUCAACAAAGUCCUCCCAUCCGCUGCGGAAGCGAUCAAGGACAUGAAAUCCAAUUCCACUCUCCUUGCCGGCGGGUUUGGCCUCUGCGGUGUCCCAGAUACCCUGAUUGACGCUGUACAUGCCAACAAGUCUAUCACAGGACUAACCGCAGUCAGCAACAACGCCGGCGUCGAUGGAGCGGGCCUGGGUCUGCUCCUAGGCAGCGGACAGAUCAAGAAGAUGGUCGCCAGCUACGUCGGAGAAAACAAGACUUUCGAGCGCAUGUAUCUCGGUGGCCAGAUUGAACUCGAAUUGACGCCUCAGGGAACUCUGGCUGAACGCUGUCGUGCCGGUGGUGCUGGCAUCCCUGCCUUCUACACCCCCGCGGCAUUUGGAACCGUCGUCCAAACGGGCAACCUGCCGCUGAAACACAACGCGGACGGAACCGUCGCUGCUUACGGUACACCAAGAGAUGUCAAGGUCUUCGAUGGCAAGAGCUACGUCAUGGAGGAAGCCAUCAAAGGAGACUAUGCUUUCGUCAAGGCCUGGAAAGCAGAUAGACUCGGUAACUGCCAGUUCCGCUUCGCAGCCGCGAACUUCAAUGGCGCUAUGGGCCGCAAUGCGAAGAUGACCAUCGUCGAGGCUGAGCAUAUCGUCGAGGUCGGCGAGAUUGACCCGGCUGCUGUGCACCUGCCAGGCAUCUAUGUUAAGCGCGUCGUUCAGAGCACGAAGGAGAAGAAGAUUGAGAAAUACACUUUUGCCAAGGAGGAUGGUGAGGGCGCCGAUCUGUCUGCGCUCGGUAAAGGUGAUGUUGCUAGUAAGCGGGAGCGUAUUGUCCGACGCGCCGCGAAGGAGUUCAAGAAUGGCAUGUAUGCGAACCUGGGCAUUGGGAUGCCCAUGCUCGCUCCUAGUUUUGUGGACCCGUCUGUGGAGGUACAGCUGCAGUCUGAGAAUGGCAUUCUCGGGCUGGGCCCGUAUCCGAAGCGUGGCAUGGAAGAUCCAGACUUGAUCAACGCGGGCAAGGAGACCGUUACGCUUCUGCCUGGUGCAUCGUGUUUUGGUAGCGACGAAUCGUUUGGCAUGAUCCGCUCUGGACGGGUUAAUUUGACGAUCCUGGGUGCCAUGCAAGUUAGUGCGAAGGGUGAUUUGGCCAACUGGAUGCUCCCCGGCAAGAUUAAGGGCUUCGGCGGUGCCAUGGACCUCGUCUCCAAUCCCAGUGCCACCAAGGUUGUCGUCACCAUGGAACACACCGAUAAGAAGGGCAACCCCAAGAUACUCAAGCAGUGCGAGUUCCCACUGACUGGCCGAGCGUGCGUGAGCCGCAUCAUCACCGAGCUCUGUGUCUUUGAUGUCGAUUUCACGGACGGCCUGACUCUGGUUGAGCUUGCGGAUGGCGUGACGGUUGAUGAGGUGAAGGCGAAGACGGAGGCACCGUUUAAGGUUGCCGAUGUGGUUCAGCCGAUGUUGUGAGUGAGAUGGGGCGGAAGGAAGGGUUUAAUUGAGGGUUAUUCUGUUCUUCUUGGGUUAGGGUAUUGAUAUCCAUGUUGUUACUUCUUCUUUUUUCCCUCCCUUUUCUUUUCUUUCUUUUCUUUCCCUUCCUUUCCUUUUUUGACGGGUUAGACUUCGGUUUUAGCUAGAUGUUAUAUAUGUAAAGGUGUGAAUAUAGUUGUUUUAGUAUGAGAAUUCAUGUUUCAGGCUUGG